UCUCAACAGCCAUCUGUAGUCUCAGAUCUCUGCACAUGCUUCUUCCUCCUCUCCUCUGCUUUCCUCCUUUUGACCUCAUCAAUGGCCUGCAAUGAGAUGGCCGCCAGCUCCUCCUCCGCCUUCUUCCACCCGGCCUUCAUGGCGCAGGUGCAAGAGCAGCACCAGCAAGUGCACGGCAAAGGCGGCGGCCAGCUGGGUCCUCCCAAUUGGCCGCCUCGGCCGACGAGCAACGGCUGCAACGGCGAGGGAGGCGACGGAGGGGAGCAGGAGUACUUGUCCGACGAGGAGGGGCUGCAGCUGGCAGGGGAGAAGAAACGGAGGCUGAACGUGGAACAAGUGAGGGCUCUGGAGAAGAGCUUCGAGCUCGGGAACAAGCUCGAGCCGGAGAGGAAGCUGCAGCUGGCCAGAGCGCUGGGGAUGCAGCCCCGGCAGGUGGCCAUUUGGUUCCAGAACCGGAGAGCACGCUGGAAGACCAAGCAGCUGGAGAAGGACUUCGACGAGCUCCGGAGGGAGUUUGAGGCCGUCAAGGCCGAGAACGAGGCCCUCAGAUCCAAAAACAGCCAGCUCCAAGCCGAGGUCUCGGCGAUAAGAGGAAGGGAGGCGGCGGCUUCCGACGUGAUCAACCUCAACAAGGACACCGAGGGCUCCUGCAGCAACCGGAGCGAGAGCAGCUACGAGAUCAACCCGGAGAUUUCGCGCCACACUUCGCCUCUGUUCCAGACGGCCAGGCCGCUGGUGGACAUGAACCAGGCUUUCCAGGGCUCCGCCGCCGCCGUCGGCGGCGGCAGAGCAGAGGCGGCGGCGUGCCCCAAGCUCGAGGUCGGCCAUGAGCCGGAGAAUUUCAGCAACUUGCUGUGCGGCGGCAUGGAGGAUCACUCCGCCUUUUGGCCAUGGUCGGACCACCACCACCACUUCCACUAGCUCGAUCUUUUCCGAUCAUGGUUUCAGCGAUUGAUCGAUUGCUCUUGUUUCACAAACUCUCAUAAAUAACGAUCGAUAUUCCUUCCGAAUUUGUGAAAAAACAAAAAGAUUCAUGAAAAAUAAAAAUAGAUUAAUUGAUCUCUUGUUCAUUGGA